GAGCUGAUGAUCUAUUUUGCUUAUGAGUUAUGACGCUUGACUGUUCUUACCCUGUAGGAGGUGGAGCUCCUCCGAAACCUUGGGAGCGUGCUGGGCCAUCGGCGUCUGGUCCAGCACCUUUCAAACCUCCUUCAGCUGGGAGCACCAGUGCUGUGGUUGAAGCAUCCGGUACCGCAAAACCAGGUGAAAUUGUUCCACCUGGCAAUAACAAUGCAGUGGCAACUACAAACCGUAACCAACUGCCUGUACCAAACAGGCCGUGGCAGCCACAGACAACCCAAUAUGGAGUAGGAGCAUCUAUUCAUAUGUCUCGACUCUUGACUCAUGUUAAUGUUAAUGUCUUGAUUUCAGGGUAUGGUAUGAAUAAUUCAUAUGGAAUAAGAGGUGGAUAUGGUAGCAGUUUGUAUGGAAACAACAUGUACAGAGGGGGAUAUGGUGGUCUAUACAGCGGUGGCGGAAUGUAUGGUGGUUAUGGCAACCAAAUGGGUGGUGGGUAUGGAAUGAAUCCUUAUGGCCAACAGCAGAAUCCCGAUGAUGUUCCUUCUCCUCCCGGCUUCUUGGCAGGUGUUGUGAAUUUCUUUGGAAGAAUAGCACUGCUGAUAGACCAGAAUACUCAGGCAUUCCACAUGUUCAUGAGCGCUCUUCUUCAGCUGUUUGAUCGGUCUGGGAUGUUAUAUGGUGAGCUAGCCAGGUUUGCUCUGCGAAUGCUCGGCGUCAAAACACCAAAGAAGGUUGAGGGAGCAGCAGCCGAGGGGCAACAGAGGCAGCAACAGGUUCAGGCUUCUAAAGCUGCCGAAGGAGGAUGGGACAAUGUCUGGGGAGCCAAGAACAGCAGCUAAGUACAACCACAUGGUCAACUCUAACUUGUUUCGACCGUGAAAGAGACAUUUGAGCAAGAACACUGAAAGAGAUGUGAGAAAAAGAGUCCGUCCGGGGUCAUCAUGCCCCAGUGAGUUCAUGCUUUGAAUCCCCAGCACAGUGCAAUCGGCACUACUUACUACAGUAGAAUGACUGUUUGACUGAAAUAAAAAUAAACUCUAGUACAUAUAUGCGUAUUAUACACACUCUCUCUCUCUCUCUCUCUCUCUCUCUCUCUCUCUCUCUCUCUCUCUCUCUCUCGUUUAUCAUUGUGCCCUUCACAAUGUGUGUGUGGUGGUCUCUGAGCAAAGCUGUUAAUAUUGGAGUGAAAAUGUGUAGCAUUGAGUGAUUUGAAGAAAUAAAGAAGAGAAGGAUUGGCUUGUA